UCCACUAGACUAACUAGAUCUGUUGCUCGGACAUUAUCAAACUUUCACCCGGAUGACAUGGAUUUUUCAAGAGACCAGCACAUGCUACUUCAAGCCGCUAUCACCCUACUGUUAGUUACUUCACAUAUCACCGCAGCCCCAACUGAAACGGUAUUUACAACGACAGAACCCGAGGCACUCACGCUGGACGAUGGGGACAAUAAUGUAUUUGCUGAAGUUAGGCAAGCGUCAAUCGGCAGCGUGUUCGAAGAAUACCAAAGACUGACUCGUUUAACGUCGGAGUUCCGAAAUGCAAACAAGGACGUUUUCGGUAACUUUAAGCAGCUCAGAUUAAACGGUGAUGACAUUGACAGUGAUUUACAUGCGUUCACUUUCGAAGGACUCCCUAAUCCAGUUUCUCGAUUCCAGUCAAGAUUUUUACAGGAAAGGGACUUAAUUGUUUUACACAGAGACAAUCUGCUACAAUUCCAGUCAUUCAUCGAUGCAAUGUAUAUGGAUGAAUUGGACGUUUUCUACGAUGAAGAAGGAGAAACCCCUUUUCAUGAAGAAUUCCAAUCACUGGCUUUACAAAUACGAAAAAUUGUCACAAAAUGCAACUCUUCUGUUACAUCAGAUGAACUUUGUCGAUGCCAUCGUCACCACGCCGACUGUAAAUGACGGUAUGGAAAUGCUCAACAGUGUGUUCAUGCGUGAACUCAGACACGCUAAAGUGCUCAAACAACUACUCGAC